ACGCUCCGGACUAAUCCCUGUAGCUGAGUAGUUCACCUAAGGACUAUGGGCCGUAAGAAGGUUGCUCGCGGGUCCAGGACCGAGAGCGGUCGUGUUCGGCGUCCUCCCGGCCGCUCUCUGGACGCUUUCGCUGAGGAGGUGGGCGCUGCGUUGCGUGCAUCCGUGCAGCCUGAGGAGGCCGAGGGCCAGGAUGGCCCGGGCCCUGCGCGUCUGCCUUGUGCCUUGGCUAUGUGGGAGCUUGGCCACUGCGACCCUCGGCGCUGCACCGGCCGAAAACUGGCCCGCCUGGGUCUGGUGCGCUGCCUGCGCCUGAGCCAAAGAUUUGGCGGUCUGGUGCUCAGCCCGGUAGGCACUCAGUACGUGUCUCCCGCAGACAGACAGCUGGUGGCACAGUCAGGGGUCGCUGUCAUAGAUUGCUCGUGGGCCAAACUGGAUGAGACACCCUUUGGGAAGAUGCGAGGGAGCCACUUGCGGCUCCUGCCUUACCUCGUGGCCGCCAACCCUGUAAACUAUGGCCGGCCCUGCAGACUUUCCUGCGUGGAAGCUUUUGCUGCUGCCUUCUGCAUUGUAGGCUUUUCAGAUCUUGCUGUCAUUUUGCUUCGGAAGUUUAAGUGGGGCAAGGGCUUCCUGGACCUGAACCGGCAACUCCUGGAGAAGUACGCUGCCUGCCAUGGCCCAGAGGAGGUGCUGCAGGCCGAGCAGGAGUACUUGGCUAGCACCAAGGACAUCCCCGAGGAGGAGGCGAUCGAUCCCUUUGAUGUGGACUCGGGGCGAGAGUUCGCAAACCUCAACCGGCCUGUGGCCAGCACCUGGCUGCCUGUGGACAUGGACAGCACUGAUGAGUCUGAGGACCACAGAGAAGAUUCUGGGGAGGAUAGCGAUGAGUGUAAGGAACAAGGGCCUGGUGCUAAUGGAGGAGACAGCAGCUACUCUCAAGAGGUCGAGAUUCCAGAAGGAGAGGCUCAGGCCAGUGGCGCCACUGAAAUUUGGAAAGGAAUCAAGAAACGGCAGAGAGACUGAAGGUUGCAAACACAUACGUUAUUGAAGCUGGUGUGCGUUACUCCAGAGGUGGCAGUGGAACCUGGGGGUGGACAGGCCUAUUGGGACAAUUCUGUGACAGCCGUAUUUGGAGUCCUGCCUUAGAGCUGUCAAUAAAAUCAAGAAGGAGCCCCCACUAUGAGUCUUUCGCUCUGUACUUGGCUAAGGGUCGGGGAAGGCUACCUGGGUGGAUCUGGGCUCUGGGUAAGUCUGGUAUGGUCACAUACAGAUGUGUAAAGUGUUAUCUGACCAGCUAGCUUGUAGAGCCCUGGACCCUGAUCUCCACCUGUGGGCAAUGUCCCUUUCCUCAUGGUGACUGUGGGAGAAAAAUCUCCUGGGCCCA